CCUCCCCGUCUUCACUGCUCAAUGCUAUAAGUAUCGCUACGGGGACAGUCUCCAUUGCCCUUUGCGCUAAACCCUCUAAAACAACAAAGCAUCUAUCUAGAUUCUUCCUUCAUCAUUGCACUUGAAUGCUUGUUCUUUUUUUGCUCCAUUUUUUGUUUUAGAUUCUCCAUCGAGUUCUAAACUGUACUUACGGUGGUUAAAACUUCUUCGCUUUUCUUGUUUAUAUUUCCAUCUGUUUGUUUCUCGGGAAAACCGCUACAAUUCCCGUUCGUUUGGUGCUUUUUAAUUCGUGUUCCUUUGUUCUGCCUGUUCGUUUGCAUUCAAGGAUCUUUGAAUCUUCUUGAUCUAUCGUCUACCAUUAUUAGGAGAACAAUGGAACACUUUCAAAACGACGAUCUUGAAUAUAUUGUCGAUGACUAUUACGACUUCGAUGAUUUUGAGCACGACGAUCUCUUCGCUGAACCUGAGCCUCGGCGAGACACUGCUGAUUUUGACUCGUUUGACUCCGAUUUUGAGGACGAUUUCGAAUCAAAGAAGCCGAAAACUGAUACAUCAGCUGUGGAAGCAAGAAACGGAAAAGAUAUGCAAGGAAUUCCUUGGGAGAGGCUUAAUUUCACUAGAGACAAGUAUCGUGAGACGAGGUUGAGACAGUAUAAGAACUACGAGAGCCUUUCUGGUUCCCGUGAAGGGAUGGAAAAGGAGUGCUUGCACGUAGAGAAGGGAAAUGCCUUCUAUGACUUUCAGUUUAACACGAGGCUUGUCAAGUCUACAAUUGUGCACUUUCAGCUGAGGAAUCUGUUGUGGGCUACAUCAAAGCAAGAUGUGUACCUCAUGCAAAACUACUCGGUAAUGCAUUGGUCAUCACUGCUACGCAAGGGCAAAGAAGUGCUAAAUGUGGCUAAGCCAAUUGUUCCCAACCUGAAACGACAAUCUCAGCAACUCUCUAGGGUGCAGAUUAGCACUAUGACAGUUAAAGAAAAUUUAAUGGUGGCCGGUGGUUUCCAGGGGGAGCUUAUUUGCAAGUAUAUAAAUCAACCGGGAGUGGCAUUCUCCACAAAAGUAACCACUGAUGAUAAUGCGAUCACUAAUGCGGUGGAUGUGUACCUCAAUCCUAGUGGUGCAAUGAGAGUUAUGGCUGCAAAUAACGAUGCUCAAAUCAGAGUUUUUGAUGCUGAAACUUUUUCAACCCUCAACCGGUUCUCAUUCGACUGGUCUGUAAAUAAUACCUCUGUUAGUCCAGACGGGAAGCUGCUUGCAAUCCUCGGAGACAGUACCGACUGCCUAAUUGUCGAUGCUCAGUCUGGCAAAGUCACUGACACCUUAGAAGGACAUUUGGACUAUUCUUUUGCUUCAGCUUGGCACCCUGAUGGGAACAUUCUUGCUACUGGGAAUCAGGACACAACUUGCAGAUUGUGGGACGUAAGAAAACCAUCCCAGUCCCUAGCUGUAUUGAAGGGAAGAAUGGGAGCAAUUAGAGCUCUCAAGUUCACAUCAGAUGGUCGAUUUCUUGCCAUGGCUGAGCCAGCUGACUUCGUUCAUGUCUUCGACACCAAGUCUGGGUAUGUGAAGUGCCAGGAAAUUGACUUUUUUGGUGAGGUUGCUGGAAUAUCCUUUAGCCCAGAUACAGAAUCGCUCUUCGUUGGUGUUGCUGAUCGCACUUAUGGCAGCUUGUUAGAGUUCAACCGCAGGCGACAUAACCAGUAUUUGUAUUCCAUCUUGUAAAACCUAAAGUGAAGGCCAAUAUCUAUAGAGACGAAUGAUUGUGAAUAUUGAAGGGAUGGGUUAAAAAUUGCCUGGGAUGAUUGGGUUCUAUUAUAUAACUUUCCGGGCGAGAGUACAAAUUUAGUGUUUGUUUAGGUUGUUUUUGUGGAGCUUCAAUUUUUUUACUACCAAAAAUGAAUUCAAAAUUUUGCUCAUGUGUUGUUAGCAAUCGUGUGCAAGGAAAUGUUUAUUGAGCAAAA